UGGCAUAGUGAGUUUUCUAACUUGUCCGUGGGCUUUGGUGUGGCAUUGUGAUAUGUCGAGUCAGUUUGUUGGACAUUUCCUGUGUUGUUUUCUUUAUUCACUCUUAUUAUACAUCACACAAUGUUUGCUUAUGUGAGUAACAUAUGAUGCUAUUCAGCACCAUGUGGAUCAUGCUUUUGGCAAACAAGCCAGAUUUCUCCUUAUCCAUGGCAGUUGAUUUUGAGGGUUCAAACCGUGGGGACAGUUUUCUAAUGAAUUUGCGUAAUGCUGAGUCACACAAGCUUAAUUGUUAGCAGUUCUUUCAUGGCUUGUAUAUAUAAACACACACACACGCACACAAAUGACUUAUCCUCUCACCAUCAUUACUUCCCCUGAAGACUAAAGCCAAGGCAAAGCAGCAAGAAAUGGAUUCUGACUCAAGUUGCGAGUGUCAUUAGAUAUCUAAGUAGCUCUUAUUCUUCUUUGAUGCAUAGAACAAAAGAACUGCAAAUGAAUCCAUGCUGGUAAGUUGCAUGCUCUACAUCUCUGAGGCACGUAACCGCGCAGUUCUGGACUUGAUUGAACGAGCUGCUAGGCUCGACCCAGAAAGUGUUAUUGUAAACAAAUUUGAGGACCGAGUUUAUAAUAGGAUCAGGUUCACUAUUGUAUCAUAUGUUGUUGUUGAUAGCACUGGGAGUCCCAUUUAUAGUCCAUUGCACCAAACUGUGCUAGCCAUGGUUGAGGCUGCUUAUGGAGCCAUUAACCUUGAGUUGCACUCCGGUGCACACCCUCGGCUUGGUGUUGUAGAUGACAUUGUUUUCCACCCUUUGGCUCGGGCCUCGCUGGAUGAAGCAGCCUGGCUGGCCAAGACAGUGGCAGCAGAUAUGGGCAGCAGAUUUCAAGUGCCAGUAUUUCUUUAUGCUGCAGCACAUCCAACAGGCAGGGCUCCUGACACCAUCAGGCGCGAGCUGGGGUACUAUACGCCUAAUUUCAUGGGCAACCAAUGGGCUGGGUGGACCAUACCUGAGAUUCUCCCUGGAGCCCCUGAUGAAGGUCCGACCCAUGUGUCGCGAACAAGAGGAAUAGUGAUGAUUGGGGCUCGACCAUGGGUCGCAUUAUACAACAUUCCUGUAGUGUGCACCGAUGUUUCAACUGCUCGACAGAUUGCACGGAUGGUGAGGGCUCGUGAUGGCGGGCUUCCUACCGUGCAAGCAUUGGCGCUCGUUCACGGUGAUGAUUCAUUUGAGAUCGCUUGUAUCCUCUUAGAGCCCAAUCAGGUUGGAGCUGAAAGGGUCCAGGCAGAGGUUGAGAUGCUGGCAGCCCAAGAAGGAUUGGAAGUAGAGAAGGGCUACUUCACAGAUUUUCCACCAGAAAUGAUUGUUGAGAAGUACAUGAAUUUAAUCUCUUCUAGGAGAGACUGAUCAAACACUUGUUCGGACACUUAAUUGUAUCUAUUGAUUGUCGAGUUUCGAUUGAUCUAA